CAUAUAUAUUCGGUUUCUGUCUCUCUCUAUUCCAUUACUUCUUCACCAUUUCUAUAUUCUCUCUCUAGAGCUUUUUCUUUCUUCUGGGUUUUGAUACUGACUGCAACAUGAAGAAAUUUAUCUUGAAUUUGGAGGUGCAUGAUGUAAGAGACAAACGCAAGGCCUUGAAGACGGUCUCUGCUCUUCCAGGAAUUGAUGAGAUUUCAAUGGAUAUACAAGGUAAGAAAUUGACCAUCAUUGGGACAGUUGAUCCAGUGAGUGUAGUGAGCAAGCUACGGAAGUUUUGGCCAGCGCACAUAAUCUCAGUAGGACCAGCCAAAGAAGAGAAGAAAGAGGAACCAAAGAAAGAAGAGGGCAAGAAAGAGGAAGCUAAGAAGGAGGGCGAGGGCGAGGGCAAGAAAGAAGACGCUCCAAAGGAGGAAGGAAAGAAAGAGGAGGGUAAAAAGGAAGAAGAAGGUAAGAAGGACGAAAAGAAAGACGAGCCUAAAAAGGAAGAUGGGAAGAAGGCAGAACCACAGGCCCAACAAAUUGUGCCAAUGCCAAUGCCGAUGCCAUUCCCACAACAUCAACUUUAUAAUCAAUCUGUGGUUGGCAUGGUACCGCCCUAUCGGCCAUAUUAUCCUGCUCCUCCUCAUAUGCAAGCCAUGCCCUAUCGGCCAUAUUAUCCUCCUCCCGCGCAAACAUACUACCAGGUUCACCACAGCAUGGAAGAGAAUCCUAAUUCAUGUGUUAUCUGUUAAAUUGCUUCGGAGAAUGGAAUCAUAUAUGUUAUAUAUGCAUAGCUCUUCGAUGUUCUUGUUUUGAGUUGGUCCCGGGUUAUAUUGUAUUAGCAUGUACUGAGACUAACAUUCAAGAACAGAAGAGAAAAUCCAUUGUGAAUACACAAUGAUGCCUUCAUAUUUGUCUCUUCAGAAUCAAGAAAUUGUGUAUAGAGAAUUAAAUAAGUGUUUUGCAGCC